AUGAUAAAAAUCUUUUCUUAUCUUUAAGCGAGCCAAUCUUUCUGCUCGUGUUUUUUAAAUGCAACUCUUACAACUAUAAUAAAGCUUUCUUAAUCACCUAUAUACAUCUUCUUAUAAAUUAAUUAAUAUAAACAUACAUAUAUAUAUAAUAAAUCUUUCUUAGUACCUUCGCUAUUCUUUAGAAGGUCCAAUGCUUUAUAAUUUCUUAGCUAGCUUCUUGCUCAAUCCUUCUUUCUUGGAGCAAUUUACUUUUACUUUCACUAAUAACACCAAUUUCUAUUAUAACCAACUUCGGAGAAUAACCGGCCAAACCCUUCUGUUUUAUCCAAAAAAACUCAAAAUUAUAAAAUCAAUAAUAUCAAGUUAAUCCUACCAUAAAUAAAUAAAUAAAUAAAUAAAUAAAUAAGCAAGGCUAAAAGUCAUCUAAAUAUACUUAAUAAUAUAUAAAAUAAUACUAUGCAAUUAAAUUUCUGCCUGAAAAAAUAACCAGCCAGAGGCAUUUGA